AAAUAAGAAUUGUUUAAGCUGUUUUUUAUGAGUCUAGAGAUUUGUUGUAGGACGAAACGAGUUCUUUGUCCUGGGCCUUUGUCACUCUUCUCUGUGUAACGACUUCCUCCCUUUCCUGCCGCACCACGCAAUCACCGGGGCGGAGGCGGCUGCCGGCGAGCACUUGGGCGUCUCCGGCCACCGCCUGCCUCGUUGUGAUCCAACUAGGAACUCACCCAGCGCUAUCUCCCGGCAGGCUCCCCGUUGACUCCCGCGAUUUGUUACCCGCUGGCGCUGCCGCACACAGCUCAAAAGGAGUAGCAGCGCCCCUGGUUGCCGGUUGGAGCGUCAAGGAUGAGCGGGAGGAAGAAUGCGGGCAAGGUUUCCCCCUGGUUGCUCGUCCUCAUCUGUUUAGGGUGCUUCUUUGUGACCUACAACCUCCUGACGAUGCCCAGCCGGGGACGGGAUGGGCCGCGCAAGUUCCUCGGCGGCGGCGGGGAUCGCCACUCAACUGCCUCGUUGGGGUCAGGCUCUGAUUCGGACCCCGCGAAGCGGUUCCACGUCGCGCUUACGGCGACGGACGCACUGUACAGUCAGUGGCAGUCGCGGAUAAUGCACUACUGGUAUAAGGAGAUGAGGGACCGACCUGGUUCCGACAUGGGUGGCUUCACUAGGAUCCUUCACUCGGGCAAGCCUGAUGGAUUGAUGGAUGAGAUACCCACCAUGGUGGUUGAUCCCCUUCCUGAAGGCAAGGAUCAGGGAUAUAUUGUCUUAAAUAGGCCUUGGGCUUUUGUCCAGUGGAUCCAGAAAGCAAAGAUCGUAGAAGAGUAUAUAUUAAUGGCAGAGCCAGAUCAUGUCUUUGUGAAGCCUUUGCCAAACUUAUCUCAUGGUGAUGAGCCAGCGGCAUUUCCGUUUUUCUACAUCAAACCGACUGAGAAUGAGAAGAUAUUGAGGAAGUUUUUCCCAGAAGAAAAAGGGCCUAUUUCAAAUAUUGAUCCUAUUGGCAACUCUCCGGUUAUAAUCAAGAAGGCUCAGCUUGAGAAGAUUGCUCCAACCUGGAUGAAUGUUUCAUUAAAAAUGAAAGAGGAUCAGGAGACAGACAAAGCAUUCGGAUGGGUCUUGGAAAUGUACGCAUACGCUGUUGCUAGUGCACUGCACGGUGUGCACCAUAGUCUCCAUAAAGAUUUUAUGAUUCAGCCUCCUUGGGACCUGAAAACGGACAACACAUUCAUCAUCCAUUAUACGUAUGGAUGCGAUUAUUCAAUGAAGGGUCAGCUUACUUAUGGGAAAAUCGGUGAAUGGCGUUUUGACAAAAGAUCUUACCUUCAAUCUCCACCACCAAGAAAUCUUUCACUGCCCCCUCCAGGAGUUCCUGAAAGUGUGGUCACCCUUGUGAAGAUGGUCAAUGAGGCCACCGCAAACAUUCCGGGGUGGGAGGACGAUAGAUGAUUGAUGGUCUGGCUGAGUUGUAGUUUAUUCCAGCACCCAGCUGGUAUGGCUUUUGUUCAAAAACAUGGAAGAAUAUCAUUGGUCAAUAAAAGAAAAGCAUUUGAUUAAUAUCAAUAUUUGAAGUGCAGGACUGUGGCCACAUUUCUAUAGUUUAACAUAGGUUAGUGUCCGGGAAGAAAAAAGAUAUAUUAACGUUGAUCUAGGAGUUUGAUCAUUUUUUGUAUUGUAAGACAGAAAUAUAGGGUUUUGGUUACUCUGGUCCAUGUUGCUGUGUUGUAAAGCAGUGAUGUAGUUUAGAUUCCCCCAAGCCAUGCCUUGAGAGAUUUGUUUAGUAGUAUCGUCUUGGGAAAACUUCUGCCGGGUAUUGACAACAUCCUGCUGAGUUCUGACUGCUGAGUACUAUGACUGGAAACCACCUAAGCCUUCAGAAUUAAUCCAAAUAUACUUGGACUUGCACUUUCCUACAUAUAGGUGUAAUAUGGUUUGCUUUGAAACCUAUGUUUUAAUUUGUUGUAUAACAUUAUUUUUGCAAUGCUCAUAAUACAAAUGUUGUCUCAA